GUUCAACCAGUGUCGAAUCUAGUGGGUAUGUUACUACGGGAGUGAGAGGUUCAACUCUGGAGAAAACACCAAGGAAACUAGCAAGGACCCCCCCACAAAAUAUCUAAUUUUGCUAUUGGAUCCAUUACCACUGCCCGGGAGCUGGAUUAAAUUGAGACAACUUUUUGCUUUAAUUCUCUUUGAAAAACACCGAAUAACGAUGGGUUCCCAAGCGUCCAAGGGAGGGGUAGCUGUGGAGGCGAAUGCUGCCGAUGUCGCCACCGUCAAAACUAAUGGACAGGAGAAUGGCCAUGUCAAGUCCAAUGGUGACGCCACAGACACUGCCACUCCAAAUGGUUCUGCCGACGCCAAGGAGCCUGAAGCAGGUGCCGGAGGGGACGCCAUCGAGCCAGCGCCCGCCGCCGAUGGUGAGGCCGCCAAACCAGAAGGUGAGGCCGCUGCCAAGGGUGUCUCCAAGAAGAAGAAGAAUUUCUUCCUGAAGAAAUCUUUCAACUUCAAGGGCCUGAAACUGAAGAAGACCAAGAAGGAGGAGGCGGCCGCUUCCGCUGAGGAGAAACCUGCAGAGAACGGCGCUGCUGUGUCUACGGAGGAGAAGAAAGCAGAGGAGGGGAAGGAGGAGGUUGUGGCGGCUGCUGCAGAAGCCCCUAAGGCCGAGGAGGUGCAGGCUAAAGCAGAGGAGGAACCUAAGGAGGAGGAGGAGGUGAAGGAGGCUGCUGCACCUGCACCAGAGCCCACCAAACCAACAGAGGAGACCAGCUCGACCCCCGCGGCAGAGGCCCCCUCCCAACAGAAUGCAGAGUGAUUGUAUCUUUACCGACAACAAAGGACUUGUGUGGACUGUUUUUCAAGAGAGAGAGAGAAAAUAGUUAUAAAUAUAUAUUUCUAUAUAUGUGUAUAUGUAUACAUAUGUAUGGAUAUAUGUAUAUGUAAAUAUAUACACAUUUAUGUGAGACUCCAUUGUGUCACUUUUGUCAUUGUAACAAGAUGACAGACUAGAUUCACUAGUUCACUUCCCUGGUUACGGCGAGACAGGGUCAACCUGGUAGUAUUAUGUGCUGGUUGCUAUGGAACAAUGGGAUUUAUUGGACAACAAAGUUGGAAGACACAGUUAUGGAUGGGAGUCGAGUUGACCUGUCUUUUCCCCAAAACACCCGACUCAAAAAAAAUGAUGCGUCCACAUGUAGGAAUGAACUGGAUAGGACAGGACACCAACCCAACCACCACAUGAAAUGACUAUUAAUUAAAAAAAAAACAAGAAGAAGAGAUCAGAAAUUGAAGGAAAAAAAAGACUUGCCAACUUUGUACAUUCAUAUAUUUUAACCCUAAAUUUGAAGUAUUUUGUGGUGUACCUUUUAGAGAACCAUUUUAAAGAUUCAGAGAAGCUGUGUUUUGUUUGUUUUGAAAGAAGAAACAUAAGAAGCAACUUUAGAUUUUUAUCUUAAAGGGGGGGGGGGGUCUCUUGAGUUUGCUAUGUUCAGUGUUGCCGUUUUAAAAGGAAGCAGAGUUGUUGAUCUGUCUGGUGUGUGUAAGUCUGACUCUACUUUCAUGUCUCUAAAUACAUUGGGACGGAUACUGUUCUUUAUUAGGCUAAUGUUGACAGAUGUUAUGGUUUUAUUGUAAAGUUGACAAUGGUAAAUAAAUGUUGGUUACCAAUA